AUGAAACGUUAUUGUACCAGAUUGAAAAAUUCCGAAAAACAACAAAUUAUUAAAUUUAUCGAUCAAAAUCCAGGGAUUUCGCUUACAAGAGUGUCUGCUAUCUUUUCCGAAAGAUUCAGACGCGUUAUUUCAAGACGAUCUUUAAACGACCUUAGGAGCAGAAGGAAUGUAUCUGCCUUGCUUUUUUCAGAAUUAUCUCGGAAUCCAUAUUUAAAGUUCAAUGAAACUGAUGAAGAUACUAUGUCAUGGAUUGAAAUGAUGGAAACCAGAGGAGCAAUUCUUAAUGAUUCGAUUAUUCUUACAAAGGCUGAAGACUUUGCGAAGAAACGUCAAAUAACUGAGUUUAAAGCCAGUCGUGGAUGGCUUGAAAAAUUUAAAAGAAGACAUGGGUUAAAAUUGAAGAAACUUUAUGGAGAAUCUUCUAUAGAGAAUCUUUCAAAUUCUGAAGUUAAUGAUUUUCUCAUUAAUAUAAGAGCAAAAAUAAAAUUAUAUGGUCGCGAAAAUGCCUAUAAUGCAGAUGAGACAGGAUUAUUUUAUAAAGCUCUUCCAUGUAAAAGCAUUUGCAAGAUCAAGAGAUAUGGGCAUAAAUUAUUGAAGGAUCGAAUAUCGAUAAUGUUCUGUUCAAAUAUGACUGAUACCGCUAAACUAACACCAUUCAUAAUUUGA